GGCAUGUCACGGGACGGAAUGAAUUUAAAGAAAAUGAUCAUUAGGCAGUAAAUAACAAGUUGGAUGUGGCCAGAGAGAUGAUUAACAGGCAGCUUGGCAAUGGAUGAUGGAGGCCCAUCUCUGCUUGAUGUGAUCAGUGACCCACUUCUUCUCCAGUCCUUUCUAGAAGGUGAAAUACAACAUUUAGGAAAAACUCAAGAAGAUGGAAAAGUCUCAAAGUCAAUGAUAUCUGCCUCCCAGCUAUCUGGUCAAGAGCAUGUAAGGGCUCCUGAUGUUGUUCAGACACAGGGCCUUUUUCCUGCUAUUGGCCUGAAGCCGUCCUUAGAGUCUAUGGGAUACAGCUUUCAUGGUGCCGUAGUUACAUCAAUGCCCAAUUCUUUAGGGAUGGGAACCUCCAUGAUUAGUGGACUUCCAGUCUCUUCUGCAACUAAUACACUUCUGCAACUUUCUGCCGAUCCAACUAUGCAGCAGAAUUUUUCUUUAGCAGAUGCAGCAUCAUUCCGAGUGUCAUCCUCACCAGCUGUCACAACUUUCCAGUAUCUACAAUCUCAAGCAGGCUUGGUAGUUCCUCCUACUCUCUCAGCAUCUGGUGCAACCAUUCACCACAUACCUUCUCCUGGUGGUGCCACUAUCCAUCACAUUCCAUCUUCAGUACAGUCACAACACCAUCGCCCUUCAUCAGCUCCAGCUCCACAGAUUGCUACUCCCUCUCCUUACAAUGUAAAAUCUCCAGGCCAAGGCCCUUCAUCAGUCCACAGUCUGCCUCCUCAAUCACCAAAUCAGCAGACCCGUUCUCCAAAACAAUCUCAUACUUCCUCUCCUGUACCCUCUUGGUCUCCAGUACCAAGUGCAUUAUCUUCAGCUGCUGGUCGUGGGUCAGGACUUUCAGGUAAACCACAGGUUUUUUAUACAACUGGUGCUGUUAAUCCAGUAACUCCAUCUUCAGUCAGCCAGAAAAGUCACCAGUUGCCUCAAACUACUCUUCAGAAACAAAAUCCAGGAAAGGCACAAACUACAACUAAUUCAUUUACAACAGCACAAAUGCAAGUACCCAAACAACCUGUAGUUCAAAUUCUUGCUCCUCAACAAAAUACUGUAGGUAUGCCACGAGCUUUGCAUAGCUCUGGUCGUCCCAUUCAGCCAAAACCUCAGCAGAUUUUACCAAAGCCUACCGUUUCUUCUAAUCAAUUCUCUGCUUCUCUUUUGAAAUCAAGUGGUGGCAGUGGGUCCCCCUCAGUUCACCCAAACCAGGGGCCUAUGAGUAUUGGCCUGAAUGGCCCAAUUAAUGGGCCACCUUUGGUUUUGGGACAAAGCCAGCCUGGAGUGAUAGCUGGUCCUCAGGGAACAAUUGUACUUAAUCAAAUUAUUCCAGGCCUUCCAGGGCAAAAUCCUAUAUUAAUACAAGGAAAUCUAGGAAGCCUUGGAGGUGUUCAGGGUGUUCAGUUAGCACUUCGACCACAACAUCCUGGUUCUCUCACAGUUUCUACCCACUCGGGUCAUGUUGUGGCUGCCAAUAAUUCUGCACUAGUAGCUGCUCUCCAGAAUUCUGGCCAACCGUCUCAGCACCUUUUGGACCAAGGUAAAAGUCCACUUGCAGGACAACAAACUUUAUUCAUUCCAAAUACAAUAACACAACAAGGCCUCCCUACACAAGGUCUUACCUUGGGGGGCACUGGAAUACCAAGUAACUCUAUUGUACAGUCUUCAGCUCAUCCACCUACAGUUCUGAAUGCUCGACCCAACAUUAUACUGGCCCCUCGAGUCAUGGGAUCCAAUCAGUGUAUUCAGCUUCAGCAAAUUCAAACACCUCAAGGACCAAUCACAGUAGCACUGGCACCUGGUCAAACCAUUACAUUGCCACAACUUCAAACUGCAAUGGGAGGAACUGUUUCUGUUCCUAGUGUUCUUGCACCUGGUCAGAGUGUUUUACCCAGUUUACCUGUACAGCAUCCUUUGUCACAGUCUCUUGUUCAACCUCAGCAACAACCGUUACAUGAUAUUCAGACUCAGCAAAUAGUCAGUGGAGUGACUCCAGCUCUUCAACCUUUUUUACACAAAACAGAACCUCAGACUUAUGUUCAAGUGUCCCAGAGUUCUCCUCCUCCUCCUCAGGAUGUACAGAAUAAGCAGAGUAUGCCUGCUCAGAUGAGCCUUACUCCAGACACUUCUUCAGAAUCCUCUAAGCCUACAAAAGUUCCUAGUGUUAAUCUUGCAGAGCUUCUGAAAGAACAUGGAAUUUUAGAUUCCACACCUCCAUCUUCUCCAGUAGAAUCCACUUCCCAUGAAGAAUCAGUGGUAAAAAAUGAUGCCUUCCCUGUGAUAUCAUCACCUCCAUGUACAGUUGUGACCCAUGUAUCAGGUCCUCAUUCAACUUUUCCUUCCACAAUCAAUUCACAGGUCUAUUAUUCAAUUCCUUCGCAUGCUCAGUUUUCUGUGGCUCAAGAUGGCUCUGUGAUUAUGCAACAACCAAGUCAAUCAUCAAGUGCGGCAGUAGGAACAAGUGUGGUUAUGAGCUCACAAUAUAGCAAUACCUUUGCAACUGACUCUGGAAGGGUACAGAGUGGGCACUCUGCUUUGCUUGAAAGACUUAAUGUAGCUCCUGCUAUACAUGUUCCAGACUUAAUUACAUCAAUGGCCUUAGCUUCUUGUGAAAGUCCUUCAGUGUCAUCAACAGUUGAAAGUAAUUGUGUUCCAUCUAGUGCUUCACCUUGCACACUGCUUCCUCUGACAGUUCAGAACAUUAAUAACAAUAUAGUUCCUGUUAGUAGUCAGUUUCAGCAAGGUUUUGUGACGUUACCUAUUAUUUCUUCUGAUUCAGAUUCUAGACUAUCUGCUGUAUCAGCAGUCCCUUUUACCACUAGUUGUGUUACUACAAAUACAGUACUUACUGCUGCUUCCAUUUUAAGUGAUAAUAAUAUUAAUCGUGUACUAGUUGGUGUCCAGCCAAUCCAACUUCCUGGUAAUACAGGCAAUACUUUGGUAGCAAGUGUGAAACAACCAGUGCCUGCAGGAGUUCCAGGAAGUGUGGCAGUGACAGUUGCAACACCUUCGUUGUCCGAUGCAAGCUCCGAUUCUUCUAUUAUUUAUAAUAACCCUGUGCAGAAAACAUUUUUGACUCCCAACCAACUUCAAAGCUUACCAGAUUCAAAUAGCAAGAAUGCAGGAGGUCCUUCUCUUCAAGGACAGACGAUCCCUUUAACUUUAAAAAGCCAACAUAUACUGCAGAAGGUGCGAGAACAGAUUAAAGAGUUGUUGUCUAAUAAAUCCCUUACUCCACAUCAACAUCAAAUGCUACAACAGCUAUUAACUCUUCAAAAAAAAAUCAUACUUCAAGCUCAGCUGGCACAAUCACAACAUCAGAAUUCACCACAGCAACUACAGCUUGGAACAACAUCAGACACACAAGCCCAAACACCUGUUAUAACUUCAGGAUGUGAAGAAAAAAAUGAGUUGCCAAAAACAGCACCAAAGCUGUCCACAAAUCAACCUUCCAAUUUAGUCAAUCUUUUAAAAAAAGGCCCAUCAUCAUCAUCUCCUACACUCAGGAUAAUUGCUCCUGCAUUGCCAAAUGUCUCAUCUACAGUUCAAGCACAACCAUCAAAUAUUUCCAGUGUUAAUGUGCCAACUCAGGUUAGGAUUGGGAAUCAGAUAAUAACCUUGGCUCCUCAGCAGUGUCAGGCCGUCCAGACGUUUCAGCAGACAACAAAAGGAAUAACACCAGAACAACAAGCCUUUUUAAAACAGCAACAAAAUCAACAAGCCUUAGUUCUGAAGCUCCAAAACCAGAAUCUCCAAACACAAAUGUCUCAAACAGAUUCUUCAUCCAGUCAGCUUACAACAGUUGUAAGCAUGGCCAACCAGUCAGUUGCCUUACAAAAGAUUAUCCAGAUACAAACUUUAGCCAAACCACCUGUGUCAAGUGUUUCCAAGACAGCCUUAUUUCAACAAGAGCUGACACGUGACCAUGAGGCAGUGGCAAAGCCAAAUACUAAAAAACCAUUUAGUUCUAUAGAAGAUUCAUAUAAGAGGCUUCUGUGUUAUCAUGUUUACAAUAGCAAAAUUCCAGGAAAAGAGGAGCUUCAGAAAGUUGACAGCAUGUUUGAUAGAGUCUCAACACACCUUCUUGAAAAAAGUAGAAGAAUGUUUAAUAAAUAUUGCUACCUACUCAUGAAAGAAAGCAUGCGAGUGUGUUCUGAUCCUGAAAGAGUGAUGCUGGAAAGACUUUUUAUUCAGGAAGAAAAAGAAGCUUUGAAACAUGACAGAGAAGCUGUUUCAGAAGGAAAAGACCUCAACCUUCCUCCUCUUCCUGAACAUUGGAUAAGCCAGUCACAUUUCUCAUCACCAUCAAAUGAGGUUAGCAGAACAAUAAGUCAAGAAAGUGAUGAUAGAAGCAUACAGCCUCAGAUUGAUGAACUUUCUACAUCAAGAGCUUUAGUGUCUAAUGAGGAAGAUCAUGAACAAACUUCAAAUGAACUCCUCAAUAAAUAUACUCACAGCAUAAAUAGAAGUUUUCAGUAUCAUAAAGUUAAAGCACAAAAUAUUCAUCAAAGUGAACACUGUGAAGCCCCAGAAAUCAAUAAAUCUGACAUGCCUGUUGCUCCGAGUUCAAAUACUCAGUUAUCAACAUCCCAGAAUAAUAAUAGAAAAAGAGAAAAUCCUUCUGAUUCUCAUGAGGAUGAUAUGAUGACCAAAAUUAGAAAAGAACUCAAUAUUUCUCUACUAGAUGAAGAAGAAGAAGACCAUGAGCCUGAUCUGGGUCAUAUAGACUUUGAAUUUGAACCACCUGUGAUUCGAAGAGAAGAAGCUCGAGAAAAAGCAAUCAUUAAAUCAUUUAGUGGCUUAGAGAGGGAUCUAAACCUCGAUUAUGAUUUCCCAGUUGUAAAUGGCACCUGGCCUGUUUCUUAUUCUGACUCUAGAAAUAAGCAUGUAACACAAAGAGAUUCAGGGAUGGAAAGUAUUUUAACGAGUCAUGAUAAUGAACCAGAACUGGAUCUGUCGGGCAUUGAAGGACUGGAUGGUUUUGAAGACCAUCACAAUGACCUGCAUAAUGGACUGUCGUCAGAAAUUGAUGAUGUGUCUCUGGACGGAGAGUUGACUUAUGAAAAGUUACGGCAUCACGAUCAGCGGACUAGUAGUGGUCAUAUAGGGUUUAAUGAAAUUCCUUCCCAUACUAGUAGAGACGAAACUGAUGAGUUAAAUGCUCAAGUGCAGAGUGCCAUUAAAAGUAUUUUAGAUCUUCAAUCAUCAGAAAGUCGUUCCUAUUGCAGUGAUGGUGAUGGUGAAUUUAUUUCUCAUGUGUACCGCCUAGAAGGACUCGAUGCACAGAGAGACCAAACUCUUACCAACUAUGAGGUCAAUCUAUCCUGUGACGUGGAGUUAGCAAAUGAAUCUGAUGCAGCAAUAGAUGAAGCGGUUCAGAGUAUACUGUUUUAAUGCCUUAUUGUGUAAUUCUGUGAGGACUUCCUUUUUUGCCUUCCUCUAGUCAGAAUACAAAUCAGUUUUAAUGUACAGUUGUUUGCUUUUCUGUUUCUUUGCCUCUGUAUUAACCUCGCUGAUACUUUGUACCAUCUAGUCAGACAGCAGGAUGUUAAACUGCAAUUUUUUAAUUGUAUUUCUUCAUUAUUUUUCAGAAUCUGGGCAUUGUCAGUAACGCAUACAAAAUUUUUUUCCAGUUGCAGAAUUACAUUUGCUUAAUAGAAAAACAUGUAAUCUGAGUGCAUUCUUUAUUUUAUUUUUUAACUUCUAAUUAUAUUUUUAUACUUUCAAGAACAAAACAUUAAUUAACUUAGCAGUAUUUUUAAUCUUUAUUUAUUCACCUUAUUUUAUGGCUUUGAACUCUAUUUGUCCAUGCUUUAAUUUUCUGAUGACAGAUAUUAUAAGUUUGUGUUUAAAGUACUUAUUGAAAUCAUGUGUUAUUUUAUUUUUCGGUAAUAGCUUUUCAAGUUUUUGAUAUUACCUUGGAUUAACAUUAAGCAGUACAUACAUUGCUUUACUGAUAGAUUCUAGAGGAUAAUGUAAGUAUUAAAUGUUAUUAUGCCAAAUACGAUUUUAAAAAUGUAAAAGUAGAAAAUGAGUGUUUUGGUAUUUGGAGUUUAUCCCCAACAUUUUUAUUUAAACUAGGGUAACCCUUUAUAAUUCUUUAGUACAUGAACAGUUUCAUAUUUUGGACAGGGGGGGGGGGUAAAUAGAAGACAAAAAAGAAGUGUAAAUACUGGAAAGCAAAAAAAUAUAAGUUGGUGAUAAUUUUAAGUUGUUGAGUAUAUAUGUUUUAUAUGAUUUCAGAUAAAAUUGUGGUUGUAACAGAAAUGUAUCAAAACAUCUCCAUUACAUGUUGUAGAAGCUUUUGUGUUGUUUAUACUUGUAGCAAUCACUCUUUCAUUUUUUUACAGACGUUGUUAAUAUGAAAUAUUUUUUGUCAAGUGUCGAAAAUUGCAAAUAACAUUCACAGAGUGAACAACUCGAAACACUAGUAAAUCUGUAAUGUGGAAAUGUGUGUAUAGCAUAUUCAAGAUUUUGUAGGAAACUGGAAAAAAAAAGUUUUUUUUACUUUCUUAAAUUGCAUUCCUUCUAUAUUUUAAGUUAAUCCGAAACAAGAAAUGCUCAAAGCAUUCACAUAUUUGUAUAUAUUUUGAAUUAAUAAUUGAACAUUUCUAUCCAUUUAAGUACUGUUAUAAUGUUCCAGAUUGAACUAUGAACCAUUUUUGGUUGUGUUUUUUUUUUUAUGAGCUGAUGUAUGUUUUACUCAGAUCAAUGAUCCUUUAGAUUUGCAUUAACUUUUAAGGCAUGUUUUGCUCUUCAAAAACUCUUAACGACUGUUAAUCAGUCGUUGCCUAGUGAGUCAUUUAAAUUAUGCAUACUAUUAGUAAACCUUCAGUAACUGUUAUAAAGGGAAGUUAUUUUAUCUUAUGCACUAACUAUAUUUAAAUAUGAGUAGUUAAAAGUCUUCUUUGAUUUUAGCUUUUAUGCAGUUUUUCUUAGUCUGAACAGCGUGAUAAAUAAAUGAUAAGUAGCACUGUUAGUAACUUUACUUUAUUAAUGCCACAAAAUUGUUCAACUUAUUUUAAUGAUAAAUUUCUCCUCUUUUAGUCUCAUAUUUCUGUGCAUGAUUUUGAAUGUAAAUAAUGCAAGAUUAGAAUAAGCUGUUUCUGGUUAUAAACUUUCUGUCACAUUCUGUUUAUUUUAAUUAUUAUUUAAUAACUAAAGCUCUAAAACACAUUAGUAAAAUGUGUAUUAAGUUGAAAGAGUCAACAGUUAACACACUUUUUUUUUCCAAGUUCAUUUGUCUUAACCCAAAUUUUUCUUGUGCAUAAAUAUAUUCCUAACUGGGGGAAAUUGUUUAUUAAUUUACAUCUCUUACUUAUUAUUAAUGAAGGGACACCCUUCUUGUGUUAAGCGUACUUAUUUUUGUUAGUUUCUAUACAAUUUUACCUCAACUUAGUUUAAUUGAUAUUUUUCUGUCCAUACUUAACAGUGCCAGUGGUUUGUUCUGAUUUAAAUUUCAAAAGGGCAGAAUGUGUUUCAGAUAUAAAAACAAAGAUUUUAUGAGCAAAAAAUAAUAAUAAAAUCAGUAGAAAAGAGAGAUACAUUUAGGUUUGUUAAAGUUUAUAUUUCAUUUCUAGCGUGUUUUUAUUUGGGUUGCUUUAGUUUUUCAGACUGAAAGAUUACAUUAUGUAUUGAAUAAAAAACUUCUUUAGGUUAGUUCUAAAAACUACAUUGUUUUAAUUAAGCUCAAAUCCUAAACUUGCUCGUGCUACUCAGGAGUCCUUAUGCAAAAUAUUGUAUGGAAAGAAUUUUUCAUUUCUGUUCAUACAAUGACACAGUGUGUUAAGUUAUGCAUGAUUAUAAAAAUCUUAAUGGCUAUUUGGUUCAUGAACAACAGUAUGUGAGGUUGGGUUGUGGUUAUAGGUUGUGGUGUAAAUACAGUUAAACAGAACUUAUAUUUUUAUCUUUUGUUUUCAAAUCAUAAUAGGGGUAAAAUGUUAAUUAUUCUGACUCAUACUGUAGUUAUUGAUCUUUUAAAUUUGUUUUGUUGGAUAGUUAUGUAUGAUUUUGAUCUAUAGGAACUUAAGUGACAGUAGUGAACAAUACUAGCAAAGAUAGAGUAAGGUUUCUUUAUUAUAAUCACUAAUUUUGAUAUUACCACAUCAAGAAAAUGAAAAUACCUACAUUAUGCUUUUAAAUAAGAGAAAUUUAUUUGAAGAAUGAAGAAAGGUUGUGAUGUAUAAUUGAGGUAUGUAUAAGACAAAACAAAAAUGUUUUUGUCUUGAUAUCUUUUUUCUUUUUUUUAAUCUAAUACUUUAUGGUAGAUAUUGAUUUAAAACUGAUUAUCAAAUUAUGCUUUUUUUAUAAUUUUGUACUGUGGCUCUUGAUGUAUUAUUUAGUAUCAUGUUGUUGGGAUUAUGGAUAAUUCUUUUAUAUUUUUAAUGUGUAACCUUAUUAGAAAAAACAUGCUUCAUGACUCACUUUCUUGUGACCAGUAUUUUGCUUGGAUUUUUGUUAUUUCUUUCCUCUGAAAAGUGAUUAAAGGAAGGCAAAAAAGGUGAUUUUUACAGUUAUUUUUCAUUAAUUCAAAAUAAAGUAUUUAUUUUUCUCAAAUGAAAUUUGGGUGAAUUAGACCAGUUAGUGUUAACAUACCUAGGUGAAAAAACAACAAAUGUUCUGCUGCUGGUAUUUCUCAUCCAAUUUAAUUUUGUAUUUUUAUUUUACAUUAAUUAACAGUAAAAUUAUUCAAAAAAAAAUCACAGAAAGGUGUUUGGAAAUUCUUACAGGAAAAAUAAAUAAUACAUGUAUAAUUAUAUGGAUCCAAGUAGUAAACAAAACUUAAUUAGCGAAACUAGUCGUAUUAUUAUAUUUUUAAAUAAGAAUUAAAUAUAGGAAAUAACAAUGGCAUAAAGAUGAGGUAAAUGGAAAGUUAAGAAAUUGUAUAACAGGUAUGAAUAAAAAUGAAAAUAGUUGUGUGCAAGAUAUAGUGUUAAAAAAUUUCAUCAAAAAUAGCAGUAUUGUUUUCGUAAGUAAGCACAGUUAAUACAGCCAAUGAAACUUCAGUUUAGAGCAGGUAUGGUUGAACAACAGUUUCUUAUUGUAGACCAUAAAGCGACAUUUCUAUAAAAAUCAUUUCAAUGACGAUGGAAGAAACAAUAAGUUUGUAAUGCCACUACAAGUAUUUUCUGAGGAUGAUUUCCAGUUAAAAUUUCUACUAGUAGAUAGCAUUUUGUUUCAGGGUUAAUGGAGUGUGUUUAUAUUGUCCUGAGAAAUAGAGAGCCUAUGAAUAUGCAAGGAAACGAAAGCCAUUUACUUUGUGAGGCCAAUUAUGUUCAUUAAAAUUAAUAACUUGGGUAACAUUGUUUACUUCCUGUUAUUGAAUUUUAAAAAUUGAAGUUUAUUAUAUGCAGUUUUUUUUUUCGUUGUUGUCCUAAAGUGAAAUUAAAACUGGUGGGUCCAGCCCCAAUUAGUAUCCGGACUGUGAUGUGUACUGCUUAAUUAAGACGUGGAUCUACGUGUCUUUCAAAUCUGUAAAUACACACCUUGUUCUUAGCAUAAACGGGUGAGGUUAGUAUUUUGAGCAGUUAACAAGCAGACAUAAUUACUAAAUGUUUAAUUCAGUAAUUUCUCGCUAGGGUUGAACUUCCAGGAAUUUGUGAAAAUUGUAUAGAGAAUGAAUGUGCAUUUUUUUACUAAAUUUGUGUAAAUAUUUUAAUAAAACAUUUCUCAAACUGA